AUGACGUGCGGAGAGCUCAUGGUCAGAUUCGUCAGAAAUGAUUCUUACCCUCUUGACGUGCCCGCGUCAAGUAAUCUGGAAAGCUCCAGAUUCCGUGCCUUCAUAACGUGCCCACGUCACGUUCGCGGGAAAGCUUCAGCGUGUUAUGGGUAUGACGCCCCAACUGGUCUGAUUGCUUCUGCUAGUCCUGAAAUAUGGGAAAAUCGUGCUGCCUGUGGCAAAAGAUAUCGCAUAACUUGCACUGCUGGAACCAACCUAGGCGUGCCAGAACCAUGCAGUGCCACAUUUGAUCUCAGUCCAGAUGCAUUUGCCGUCAAUGCAGCUGUUGAUGAGGGGUGUAUCCUGAUUGAAUACGAUCAAGUUUGA